AAUCCGCUUUCUUAUCCUUCAAUCCGAUUUAAUCGUUCUUUUGCCAAAUAGUUUAAGAUUUAAUAAAACAGGAGUAGAUCCUGAAGGUUGACUGUUGAUUAAAUCGCAAGUGUUGUAAAGAACUUAUGGAAUGUUUAUACAGAUGGAUCUUAUCUAAGAUCAAAAGAUAUGCCUAAAGGCGACUUACCGACGUCAGCGCUCAAUUAUGGCUGUGAUAUUCAGAAUCCAUUGUCAGCAUCUGUAAUACGAUUAAUUGAAAUGGUUUUAAAAGGCGAUAACGAUGCGAAACUGCAUGAGCAAUCGCAAAUCUCUAUCAAGUUAUAUAGUGAAUCGGCUGCGAAAAGUGUUUCGAGCUAUCGUUUCUUGCUGAAAGGUCCCGAUCAGAAUGUCAAUUUCCCGACUACUACUUUCCAGGGUGUAAACAGUCGGUCCACAGAUGAAUAUUUGAUCCAGCUACUGAAAGCUAUUGAGGUAUGUCGCAACGAAUUAGCAACAUCGUUCUUCUGUCGAUUUCUGUUAGGUUUUAUCACCUGCUGCAAACCUUCUGCAUCAUUGGUACGUCAGCGUCGCAUAAUUCGCUUGGAUGGAACAAAUUCUCUCAUUAGAUGUUUUGUGUCAUUUAUCACCGAAGUAGUACAUUGUAGCAGUAUUGAUAUGCUCUGUUCUCUUCUGAUUAUGUUAUAUGUUAGAGACAAAAAAUUUUGCCUGAAAGUUCGUUUGGAUGGUUUAAUUAUGUUGUUCCAAAAGAAGUUACUAUUGUUUGCUAAGGACAGGAAAAUGAUAUCGGUUUUGCAAUUAUGCUGUUGCUCUAUCCGUUCGGCACAAAAUGCGCGGAUAUUUGGUAGAAAUCGAGAAUUUAUAAAGAAUUUGAUAACAGCAAUUAUUUCUGGCACGGAUGUAAUAAUUCUGGCUCGCCUUACAGAAAUACUUCAUGUAAUCAUCAAAUUCAAAAAUCGUCCCAUAAUGACUAUAUUGGAGUCGAAUGAUAUUUUUACAAUAUUAACGAAAACCUUUCAAAAAUAUUUCCAACAACAGUUUAUUGCGUCUGAGCAGGCUACCCUGGAAAUUUGCUUGUUUACGGUGGCAUCGUUAAGAAAUCUAAUAAGGCUAAGUAACCAUAUUUUGCAAUUUCUAGUUAAUUCUGUCCUUAAUAAGAGAAAGAUUGUGAUAAAGUACUGGUAUUGUCGGGGUUUAGAACGUAACAGAGAACGCCUACUAGCUGUUGGUGCAAUGGAAAUGUUUAAUUCAGCUAUCUCAUUCAUUAGCAACGACAAGGAGUACUUGGAUGAUGGCUCACCAAUGGGACUGUCUAUUAUAAAUCUUAAGGAAUCUUUACUUGCAUUGUGCAUGAGUUGCCUCCCUCUUCGUCCAUUCCCGAUAGCCUCAUCUACGCCACCACCAGUUAUUUUCCCGCUUCCUAGAGAAAUCCGUAGCAGCUCACAACAACAAUCUCAUUGGUCGCGUGGAAAAAAAGUUGAGGAAGCUUUCUUAUAUUCAGUAUGGCAAGAUAAACCUGCUGUGAGUAGCGAUGACGAUGGUGGCGACGAUGAAGACGAAGCAUUAUUUACAAUAGCAUCAUUGCACGACAAUGACAAGGAUAGCUCACAUUCAGUACCUGCAAGCUUCCAUCACCGUCUCUCUUUGACUGAGCUAACCGAUGACUAUUUUCAAUAUUUCAUUGAAUUUUUUCAAGGAACUGCCGUGGCAGGUUCAUCUCCAAUGACGACAACUUUAGGGAAAUCAAGAGUGAAAAAUUUUGCUGACUUGGUGGCAAAAGCAGUGAAGAAAACAAGAUCGCCAUCGGUUUUUAUAAAAAUUGCUUAUCCAGCGACAGUUCUUCCAACAAAAUUACAUUCUAUUUUGCAACCACUUGCAAAAGUUGAUUCGAAACGAGAUUUAUUGGCAAAAGUCAUAGCACAUUUGCGGGACGAAUCAUCAUUCUCUGCUCGUACUGUAUAUAAUUUGGAUUGUUUGAUUUCCGAUGAAACUCAAAUCCCUGCAUCCUGGAAAACAAUUGGAAAUGAUGAUGAAAACCGGAUUGGCAAAAUGGAUUCCAAUAAUCACUUGCUAUUUGAGAGCCGAUUUGAAGGUGGAAAUUUGAGGCGAGCCAUCCAAAUAAGUAAAAGGCAUUAUCAGUUGAUAUUAUCGCCAGAUAUCAACCAGUUACGACCACACUUUCAAUGGUUCUUCUUCGAAGUUUCCAAUAAUGAAGCAGACGUGGAUUAUAUAUUUGAAAUUAUUAAUUGCUUUAAAAAAACAUCCAUGUUUAAUCAUGGUAUGCAACCAGUACUGUUCUCAGUUACGGAGGCUUGUCGAGGAAAUCCUAAAUGGGUACGUGCAGGCUCAGCAAUAUGUUACUGUCGUAAUACUUUCAUCCGCAGCAAUUCUCGAAAACUGAAUGAUGCAUCUGCUCCAAGGCACUACUUUUCGUUAUAUUUUACGAUCAGAUUUAAAUAUCAAGCGGACGUAUGCUACAUUGCCUAUCAUUUCCCUUACACAUAUUCGAUGCUUCAAGCUACUUUGGAAAGAUAUUUAUUGAAAAAUGGCAAAGAAGGACAGCUCUAUGUUCGUAAUGAUCAGCUUUGUACAUCAUUAGCUGGUAAUACGGUGUCACUCGUUACGGUGACGGGUAGUGGUACUAGGGAACAACUGAUUGGUCGUCAGAUCAUAUUGUUGUGUGCCAGAGUACAUCCUGGAGAAAAUAACACUAGUUGGAUUAUGCAUGGUAUAAUGGAUUUCUUGAUGAGUGAUAAGGAAGAAGCUGUGGAACUCCGUGAUCAAUUCGUAUUUAAAUUAAUUCCAAUGUUAAAUGUCGAUGGUGUGAUAAACGGUUCACAUCGUUGCAGCUUGGCUGGCGUAGAUUUAAAUCGAACGUGGGAUCAGCCUUCACAAGUAUUGCAUCCUGUUAUUUAUCAUAGCAAAGCUAUUGUGCAAUAUAUAGUUGAUGUGCUCGGGAAGAAACCAUUUUUGUUUAUCGAUCUGCAUGGUCAUUCUAAUAAUUUUAAUUUGUUUCUUUAUGGAAAUAAUCCUGAUAGCUCAUGGCGUAUUCUGGACCACUCGCUUCCAGGAAGAAAUGAUUUUAUGUCGCUUCCAUUACUUUUGCAGCAGAUGUGUGAUUAUUUUUCACUAUCAAACUGUCGAUUUAACAUAACCAAAACCAAAGAAUCAUCGGCUCGUAUAACACUGUGGAGGCAAUUUGGCGUUACUCGAUCGUAUACCUUGGAAUCUACUUACUGUGGUUUCAGUUGUGGUUCUCUAAAGGGUUACCAGGUAAAUAUUGAACAUCUGAUGGAAAUGGGUAGGCAGCUAUGCAUGACAUUUAGCUAUCUGAAGAACUAUAGUCCUUCAAUUCAGCGGGAUGAUGAGGAUUCGGAGUAAUUUCGAAAUCUGAUCAAUAUGGAAAACAUGCAGAUUAUUCUGCUGCGUAGUUUAUUGAUUGUUUCUGAAAGUAUACUUUGCUGAAUACGUCAUUGUGUCAUGUUUAAAUGACUCCUGGUUUGUUUAAAUGACUCGUGA